UCCCACCACCAGCGGAGCUCGGAGCGGCGGCGGCGGCAGACUGAACUCAACAUCUCCGUGUGUCUCUCAUGUCCAGAAAUGUGCGCAGGCUGAGCAAGCGAGGCGCGUCGCUGCCCGUAGCCGCUCUCCAGACAGCACGUCCCCGCACGCCAGCACCGCGCAGUGAACCGGCGGGAGAGGAUAGAGACGCACGGAACCAAUCCGGACACUUUCUCCUCCACAGCGCAGCCCGCUGAAUGUCGCCUCUCCUCCCUCCCCGUCCCUCCAGCUCCGGUAGCCGGUACCUGUCCGAUGUCCUCUCCUCCAACAGUGUGAUGCGUCAUGGCUCCGGUGCUGAGUGGAGUGUGGUGGGGGCCGGAGGCGGGUGUCGUCGGGUCGGGGGCGGCAGCUGCAACCGGGGUGGCGUCGUGGCUCGGCAGUGAGCAGCUGGUGCUGGUCGUCGCCCUCAGCACCCUCACUCUCCUGCUGCUGGUGUCCGUGCUGCUGCUGCUGUGCGCGAGCUGCCAGGGGCAGAAGAAAGCAGCCAAUGGACAUCCGGCUGGAGACCAUGACAACCUCAUGAAUGGAGUGUCGGAGAGAGAGACGAUCAGCCAAUCAGCAGACAGUCCAGCAACUGAUGUGGCUGUCAGCAGCUCUCACAAUGGGCCUCUGACCAGCGGUACAAUCCUCGAAGACACACAUGACACCAGUCCCCAGCCGUCCGAGGAGAUGCUCUCCAGCCAAUCAGAGCUCAGGUCCUCCAAGUGUCCUCAGGACCGCGAGCUUCCCAGCAUCCCUCCCAACAAUGCCCUCAUCGGGGACGGACCCCCAGCCUCAGGGGACAGCACCUAUGAGGUGUUGAAGGAAAUGGCAGUGGCGUCACGUGACGUCAGCGUCGAAGACUCCCUGUACGAGACAGUCAAGGAGCUCAAAGACCCCGCCGCGCAGCUUGGCCUCCCCAACGGUACCAUCCAGCUGAGUCCAGACAAACCUCCCCAUCAGCCCCCUGCCCUCCACAACGGCCACCUCAGCCCCUGCACACCUGAGCGGGUUCCCCUGUGCGCAUGGGUGGAGUACGCCUCUGUUGACCUGAAUAAGAAGAGCCGUCACAGUGCUGAUAUGGAGGCCAAAAGGCGCUCUGAUAAUAAAGAGGCCAUGCCUUUGCAUAAGCCUCUGGAGGAACCAGAGGAGGACUUGCCUCCGCCAGUGCCAGAGAAGGUUCUGGACGAGAACGACAACCAGCCAUUGAUGAUGAAUGGGCUUGCGGGGGCCGGGCUACACAAUGGAGAGUUACACUCCCCCCUGUCUCCUGCAACAGGGUUCAACAACCACAUUCUGUCAGACAAUGAGUCGGCUGUGUACUCUACAGUCAACCAGACAAACUGUGGCGGCGCUGCGCACGAGGAGGACAAGGAGCAUGACUACAGCAGCAUCGCAGAGAUCAACGGUCUGGUCCCGGCCUCCUCCUCCAGUGACCUCUACGCCACCGUCCGCGAUAUCUACACCCAGCCCGACGAGCCACAGAUGGGGGACGACCCGCUCUCGGGCUGCACGGAUCCCGGCUACGAAACCAUCCGCAUUCCAAAGACUAAUCGCUCAGCAGAUGAUGACAGCAGGGCUCGGCCGGGAGCAGAGGGGUCAGACACUGCCAAAGCGGAGCCUGAUUACGAGAGCGUCGGAGAGUUGGGUCUGGGCAGGGAAGCAUCCCGCCUCUGAGUCCCCCCCCCCCCCCCCCCCCCCCCCCCCCCCCCCCCUGCCCCUCAACAAUCUUCAUCUGUGGCGAUUUGGGAGAAAAUUCCCAUGUGACACAUCUUACAGAUGUCACUGUAGUGCUCCGAACCUGCUACCAAGCAUGCUUUGGGUGCAUGACUUGAGGGGGGCGGGGGGAAACAUCAGAAAAUGGUUCACCACACCGCAUCCGUCAUCAAUGCACGAGUGUCCUCUUUACAGCUUGGGUACGGUUUAUUAUAUCUGAACUUUUAAUUUAUCACCCAGGGUCAGUGUCAUUGGUACUGCUAGGCCUAGAAGUAAAUAGACUUUGGUACCUCAGUCACUGGGCAUUAAUCAUGCGGAAGAGUGCACUUUGGAUCAUCUUCAUCAUUAAAUUUCUCUUCUUUUUUUUCCGUUUCACAGAGCAUAUCGUGAACACUUCACAACACACAUGAAGCAUUUUGAGGGUUAGUGAAGACACUAUCUGUGCCUGUGAUGUAAAAAAAAAAAAAUCAGUGCCAUAAUCUAAUUAAAUUCAUGCACUUACUGUACAUGUGAAGGUGACAUUAUUUGUAUGCCCCAUUUACAGCUACUAGUGACUUUCUAGCUUCCUCCAGGUGACUCUGUGUCAUGUUCUAUUGAGGCGUCGUGGUGUAUUUUCUAGGUUACUCAUCCGCAGUCUGUGCAUUCGCUGCUUGAGGUCCCUGGGAAUGGGAUCUUGAGCAUGGGAAAGAAAGGCCAGUCUUGUCGGUGACCAAAAACAUUGAAAUUUAAUAGAUUAUGCCUUCAAAUAUAAAUGAGGCCUCUUCAACUGCGACGCCUCACGUUAAGACUGUUCACCGCAAAUGUUUGGGAUAUGAAACUAGGCAUCUGGGGAACCAAAAUGGCGACCAGAGCAUAAGGAAGGAGGUCAAUGUCACAUGAGCUUGCGGUUUCAUCAUUUUUAGACAUUUUACACAGUCCAUGUCGGCAUUCUCUUUCUUGUAAAAUUCAUAUUUAUUUGAAGAUGCAUAUCGUUAUGUAAUGUGAAAUGUUCCAAAGUAUGUCUGUGAGAGAAAAAUAAGUAGGGUUUUGUAGAUGUUUCUAGCAUUUUUAUCAAAAUAUAUACUAAACGAACGUGAGUUGUGAGACGAUGACAGUUGAAAGGGUACGCUUUCCCACUGACUUUUUUAAGGAAUUCAUUGUUUAAAAAAAAAAAAAAAAAAGAAUACAUAUGAGACCAUAUUUUCUUUUUUGUCAUUUUGCACAGGGGUCAAAACAAAUUUAAAAGACAUGUAAUGUGAUAAAAUGGCACUGCCUUGUAUUAUUAAUGCAAAUGUUAUAGAUCAAAUGUGUUGUUUGUUUUGUUUUCAUGCUUUUUGAGCCUACUCGUGGUACAGUAUACCGUCUUCAGUUGGAUUAUUUUAAAGCACAAGGUUUAUUAUAAUGGUACUGCAUUUUAAAACAGCUUAUCAAAAGCAUCGUCACAAAUCAGUUACAUCUCUGCACAAUUUGAAUAUCCAAUGUUUUUUUUGACUUGCUAGUAACACUCUGAAAACACAUCAGUAUGUUUGUAGCUUGUGAUGACGACAUGCCAACCGAGGCUUGUAUAUACUGUAGUUAGAGCACUAUUUUAACCGUAACUCGCUGGAAGUUUUAUGUAAGCUUUUACUUGUUUGUACAAUGUUCAGAGUGAUAUACUUUUAGGAUAAGUCUGUUAAGAGCACUGAUUUUAUGUCUGACUUGUUUUAAGAAAAAACACAAACCUUGUCGUCCAGCGGCUUUUGCCUUGUAACGUAACUCAGUUGUCAAAUUGCUUUUGAGUCGUGAGAAGUAGUAACCAAUCGCAGGUCAGAAAUAUGGUACAGUGUAUUGGUACGUACAUUUUUGAGAAACAAGUGUGGUACUUUUAUUUAAAAAGAACUGAAUUAUUGUCUGAAUACUGUUGUUUGGUGUUUAUUUUAUAAAUUAACACGACCGAUGUAUUUUGUUUUUUUGCUGUAAAUAUUUAUUUUACUUCCCAUUCCCCACCUCCAAACAUAAUAGCAUCUCCAGCCUUAGUUCAUGUUUCCUUAGACAUGCAGCAGCAUGUUGGUGGAUUCAGACAAACAGACAGCCCUCGCUGCCUGGUAUUAGAUUCAUAAAUGAUAUCAGACAUUUGAAAUGCUGUUGCGUCGCCCCAGCAAUCCUACAGGGAAAGAUGAUUUGAAAUGCAAUCCAAUACCAGUGUUAUUUUUUUUUUUACAUAGAUGUAAAAGUGAAGAAAAAACAAAACUCUUCAUUUCUGCAAAGGGGUAAUUAUCAGUGUUAUUUAUACUCCCAAAGAAUACAUGACCCUUUGAGCACAUUGUUCUCACCAAGUGAAGUGUUUGUGUUUCAGGGUGGAACCAUUAUUUAGAUAUAAUGGUGCUCACAGAACACUAUAAAUGACCUCUAAGGAAAUGAUCAACCAAAGGGGGGAUGCUUUAGUGCCAAAUCUAAUCAGGACAGCACAUACACACUGGUAAUAGAUACUUACCUAAAAUCACUUAUUCUCUCUAGCUGUCUGUCUCGGUCAUAAAAAGACACACACACACACACACACACACUCACACACUCCCCUUCAGGGGAUGGGGGGUGGGUGUCGUAGGGGUUCGGAGAUGCUCCUUCGCCGCCUCUCCUUCAGCUCCACUACUCCCUUAAUGAGACCAUUUGUCCCAGCCCACAAUAAGCAGACAACUCUGUGGCGACACCCGCCUUUGAUCACAGGGCAAAGCCUGCUCUGGCAGUUAUGGCCACAUCUGUCACUCCACUCUGUCCGGUUUCCAUUCUCCGCAUGUAAAUAUUUUAUGACACGAAUUGUUCUAUUAAAAUAUAUAUAUAUAUAUAUAUAUAUGAUAAA